AUUCUACAAUCAGCACCAACCUGCCCUACGAAAAAAAGACAAACUCUCCUCCACGAGGCCUUUUUGCCUGCAAGCAUUUGCCGACCCCGGAUUCAAGACCCACUACUACUGCCGACUGUCCCCGGAGGACCACUUUACAGCAGUAAGCGGGACCCUCAUUUGUUCUGUCUCGCCAAACACCACUAGAAUGGCGCCCAACCUCUUUGUUGCUACUCAAAAGGCCUUUUUUCCACACAAAUGGUUCAAAUCCAGCAAGGUCGACCUAUCUAGGGUUGUUGAAGAGUGGAACAGCCCAGUCCCUGGCCAGUACGAGAGUAUCCCCGGUCGAGGCUGGUUCUUGAUCGCGACUCUCAAGGAUGCAUCCAAGCCAGAGGGCAAUAACAAAUCAACCAUCAAGGGAUCUGAUGGAAAAGACUAUAUCCCUUUGGAGACGCCUAUCCCACUCAAGUAUUCCCAUGCACUCGGCCGCUACUUUCUGGAGCCAGAGUUCUACAAGCGGAAGAAGACGGUCAUGAUCAAAGACGACAAAGGCAAAGAAGUCCGAGCCGGUUUCUUUCGCGUCGACGACGUAGCAUGGGUCAAGUGCUGGGACGAACACGACACCUUCAUCCCCGGCAACGCCAACGGCGCAGCCGGCUACCAACGCUGGGUCCUCGACGCCCAAACUCAGCAGUUCCGCCACAUGAUCAAGCGCGACGACCCAAACUACGUCCGCUCUCGCAGAAACUCGCCCGCCCGCGACGCCGACAACCGCAGCCAAGAAUCUGUCAGCACCGAGUUCCGCCCUAGUCGUCCCAGCAGCACAAAGAACGGCUUCAGCGUCGCCAGCACCCGCGCAAAUAGCAUCCGCUACCAGCCCUCGACGCCCACCUCCAACGCACCUAGCCAACGCCCUUCGCGCCAGAAUAGCCCAAAACGCAGCGACAGCAUCCCGCUCGAGGAGGCCAAAGCCGCCCUGCGUCGCUUGGCCCGCGAACACGAAGAAGCGGCCGCUGCCCUGGCCCGAUCCCGCAUGAAGCGCACUGACUCUACAGAUGGCGUUGAGCAGAUCGAACGCGGUCGUGUUUCGGAGCGUGUGGGUUGAACUAAAAGUGGUCUUUUGGUAAGGCGUUUAGACGAUUUCUUACAUUUGUGGGGCGUUUGAGGUAUUGCCAAUUUUGAGGGGGGAUUAAAGGGGGGGUUGACUGUGUGUGUGUGUACACAUGCGGAUGUACGACACGUGACCUUGUCGCUAUCUCCGAUUUUUUUGCGAUAAC